AUGAGUCAGAAUCAUUAUAUCAAGUGGGUAGCCGCUUUGGCCAGCCUGGCGGUAUGUGCCCUUCUCUUUACGCAAAUUGGAGAACCCCAGGGCCCACUAGUGGAAACCAACUAUUCCACUUGGAGGGAUGUGAUGUUGCAAGUUGUUCCAGUGCGCGCUGAAGUGUGCAUCAUAGCAUGUUUUUCCCUUUUUCUGUUGGUCUCUGUGUACAAACUGUUAUUCAUCCCAAUGGAGCUGCUUAAGACACCGGAGGAUGUGGGAUACAUCGCGGAGUAUGGCAACUCCAAGGCGCGCACUGCCAACAAUGUGCGGCGCCGCAGGAAAACCGGAGACCUGCCCCCGGUCUACCCAAAUGGCUGGUACCGAGUUCUGGAUUCUCACAUGUUAGAGAGAGGAGAAGUCAGAGAUGUCACCAUGGUUGGUGGAAAGCUCGCAGUGUUUCGAGGUGAAGAUGACAAGGCCUAUGUGUUAGAUGCCUACUGUCCACACUUGGGUGCCAACCUGGCUGUGGGAGGACGUGUGGUGGGAAACUGUAUUGAGUGCCCAUUCCACGGAUGGCAGUUUCGAGGAAACGAUGGCAAAUGUGAGAGGAUACCAUACGCUGAAAAAGUGCCAGAGUUCGCAAAGGUGAAUAUCUGGCCCAGCUGUGAAGUUAAUGGUCAGAUCCUGGUUUGGUUUCACUGUGAUGGAGAAGAUCCUCAGUGGAUCGUACCAGAGCAGGAUGAGAUUACCAGGGGCGAGUGGGUCUAUCGUGGAAGAACAGAACAUUUUGUCAACGCUCAUAUUGAGGAGAUCCCUGAAAAUGCAGCAGACCUGUCUCACCUAACUCACUUGCACACACCAGGCAUUGUCAGCGGAGUCGAUCUACGCUACACAAACAACAAAACUUGGCAGUUUGUCCGACACGAUUGGAAAGCUCAUUGGGCACCAGAGUCCAUUCCCAACACUCAUUGUUCUCAAAUGCUGGUGAAACAUUCCCUUUAUGUAUUUGGACACCAUUGGCCUGUGUUGGAUCUACACAUUAUUGCGAGACAGGUAGGACCAGGAGUGGUGUUUCUGAAGUUUGACCACAAUUUCUUAGGGAGGGGCGUGAUCAUGCAAUGUGUGACACCAGUGGAACCUCUUUUGCAGUGUGUCUCACAUACAAUCUUCUAUCAGUCAAAUAUUCCAGCCUUGGUGCCCAAAUUCCUCUUGAAAGGAGAAUCUAUUCAGUUUGAGCGGGAUGUGAUGAUUUGGAACAAUAAAAAGUACAUCUCUAAGCCUCUUCUUGUGAAGGAAGACUCAGCCAUCCAGAAACACAGACGCUGGUACAAUCAGUUUUACAGUGAGAAUAGUCCUCGACUCCAUUACCAGCGUAACACUUUAGACUUUUGA